AUGAAACACCAACAUGUAGGAUGCGGAAAGAAAGGUGAUCAGGAUACCAUAUGCUCUCCCCAUGGUGGAACAUGGACCAUAGGAACGGCACAAAAUAUCACUUGGAAUCCAACGCAUUCGAUAUAUGUCGAAAUGAACAAGAUCAACAUAACACUUUCAAGCAUUGUGAAAUUUCAACCCAAAAUAUUGAAGAUCUGGCGCGAUAUUCCCACCAAAUCCGGGUAUUUGCCAGUUUUUUUGAAUGAUAGCUUUGUGCCAGAAAUCCUACCGGCUGGAGGUGAACCCAAGGCGUGGGAGGCCUUUAUCAAUAUAUCCAGCAUUGACGCUAGUGGUAAAAACAAGAUAUUUCCACCGCCUUCUGCCUUUACACUAAUUGAACCUGCAAAACCUUUACAACCUUCGCCAUCAUCUUCGUCAUCGCAGGCGGCUUGGCCAUCAAUACAGCCUUCGAUUUCUUUUGGUGGUGCUAGUCAGGAUAAUAAGAGUUUACUGAACAAUAACGACACGGGUAACUAUUGUCUUGUUGCAAUAGCGGCAGUAUUAGCCGCUGGUGUAGUUCUAUGCGUCAUUCUUGCAGGAUGGUGCUAUAUUCGUCCUCUAAAGAGUCGGCAACAGGGACCUGAAAAUAAUGCCCCCAUUGAACAACCUAGCGCGCAAUUUAAAGAGUUUUCAACAGUAAUAGGGUCUGAAAUAUCAGGAACGAGCGAAGGCUACCGUUCGUCUCAUUAUACACAGUUUAGUAAUGUAUAUAGUGACGAUUCUAUAAUUCCACCAUCUGUGCCGCCGACGGAAAGUACCAGAUUACCUGCUCGAACCGCUAGAAUGCUCCAUCGCCAGCCUGGUAACAAUAUGCAGCCUCUAUCAUCUGCUGACGCUGUCAUACUCGGUAACAUGUUCCUGCAGAAAUUGAGGAGGCCCGAUUGGGCAACGGAUAGUCAAGUAACCGAUCAAGAUAAUGGGGAGCAGUCAGUAUUUGGAAACAAGUUAAAGAAACAGUUGCUAAAAGAUCCAAAUCCACAAAGUAGUCGUCGUUGA